AUGGAUGAGAACAACAGUAUCACUCUCUUCUCUCUCUUCCUCCCACCCAACCCUUUUCCCAUUCGAAGGGAUUGCGGCACAAGGCCGCCUCUGUUUGGCGAUGCAAAGCGCAUUGCGUAUGACAUCAUUUUCUAAAAGGUGGCUAUAAAGGUGAUUGAUAAAACCAAAACCGAUGCUGCUGCUCGACGUCUCAUCUUUCGGGAGAUGACAGUGCUUGACAAACUUCACCAUCCCAACAUCAUUCGACUUUAUGAGGUGAUUGAAAACUUGACUCGACUGAACAUUGUCAUGGAGUACGCUGCAGGAGGGGAUAUGGAAACGAGGAUCCAAAAGAAGGGCGCAUUUACGGAUCCUGAGGGCAAAAUUAUCUUUGCUCAGCUCGUUUCUGCCAUCAGACACAUGGUAAGGGAUGAUGGCCUCUCAUCCUCCAUCAAAUCAUGCACCAUGAUGGCAUUGACAGGCAAAUUGGUAACCCUUCAGCACGACAACAACAUAGUCCAUCGAGACAUCAAGGCGGAGAAUGUUUUCUUUGCGGUGCGAUCACCCAUAGUGGACCCGGAAAUGAAGGAGACCAACACCAACAACCUGAGUAAUGCAACUGCAGCAGCAUCAACAACACCAACAACAACAAGAGCGAACAAUGUGGCAGCACCUCCUUCCGUGAGUCUCUUUCAGACUCGUAAAGCAGGCCACAAGGUUCGUGCUACGCACUCGAGAAUAAGUUCGGACGAUCGCAGCACAGGCCAAGGACACGGUCAAACACUCGCCUACUCGCCGGAUUUCUACCGAGUCAAAAUCGGUGAUUUCGGAUUUAGCAAGACAAUCACCAAUGCUGAUCAACACCUCACAACAUUUUGCGGUUCGCCACCAUAUGCCGCUCCGGAGCUCUUUAGUUCCGCCUCGUAA